AUGCCCGGGAGCGGCCAGCGCAUGCGCUGCAGGGAGUGCUUGACGGGUGAGUCUGAAAAGGAGCCCUGCCCUCCCGGAGGCACGGAAGCGGACGGUGGCUUUACUGGCCCCCUGUUGGCCUAGAAGGUUCUAACCCCCCCACCAAGCCCCUCAACCCAGGCAGCCGGCGGGGGGCAUCGCGGCCGCAGCGACAGGAAGUGAAAGCGGACAGAUGCUGGUGAAUGCCCCAUGGCCGCGACUGCCACAGUUCAUUCAUCCACUACCCACCAUAACUUGGAAGCUUUCUUUAGGUCAAUUCAUCUUCUGGGACCCCUCCCUGCCUUCUGGUUAAGGAAUCCUUUCAUACAUACAGGAUGACUCAGCAAUGGGAUGGAUGUUCAAAUACCUGAAAGGUGCUGAUGUUAGACAGGAACUUCCACAUUCUUUGGAGAGAUCUAUUGUACUUGAAAACGUACAGAAAGCUUUGUACCUUCAUUACGUUACAACACUCUAGUAACUGAAAUUGUUUGCUCUCAAAAUGAAGAGAAUCAGGCAGACUGUUAAAACUGAGAAUCCAAUUCUCCAAGCACCACAAAGAUCGAAAAAGCAGAAAACUUUUUUCUAUGGAUCAUCAUUUGGCAAGUCUCACCUGCAAACCUUGAUGGACUGGGGAACCCUGCCACUCCAUGUAGUUUUACAUAUUUUUCAGUUCCUGCCUUUAGUAGAUCGAGCACGGGCAUCUUCUGUUUGCCGAAGGUGGAAUGAAGUUUUUCAUAUUCCUGACCUGUGGAGGAAGUUUGAAUUUGAGCUUAACCAACCAGCUACUUCUUAUUUAAAGUCGACUCACCCUGAUCUCAUUCAGCAAAUUAUCAAGAGACAUGCUGAUGAUCUGCAGUAUGUCAGCUUCAAGGUUGAUAGUAGUACUGAGUCUGCAGAAGCUGCCUGUGACAUCCUUUCUCAAUUGGUGAAUUGUUCUAUCAAGACAUUAGGUUUGAUUUCAACAGCAAAACCAAGUUUUAUGAAUGUCUCUAAGGCUCAUUUUGCAUCAGCACUGACAGUAGUUUUUGUAAACUCCAAGUCAUUAUCAUCCAUCAAAAUUGAUGACACACCAGUUGAUGAUCCAUCUUUGAAGGUUCUUGUUGCUAACAACAGCGAUACUCUAAAACUGCUAAAAAUGAGCAGCUGUCCUCAUGUGUCACCGGCUGGAAUUCUUUGUGUUGCUGACCAGUGUCAUGGCCUUAGGGAACUGGCUUUGAAUUAUUACAUACUAAGUGAUGAACUGCUGCUGGCUCUUUCAAGUGAGAAACAUGUUAACCUUGAACAUCUUCGCAUAGAUGUUGUGAGUGAAAAUCCUGGACAAACUGAAUUUCAUACUAUUAAAAAGCAAAGUUGGGAUGCACUUGUUAAGCACUCCCCCAAAGUCAAUAUUGUGAUGUACUUCUUUUUGUAUGAAGAGGAAUUUGAUGCAUUUUUCAGAGAAGAAACUCCUGUUACGCACCUUUACUUUGGUCGUGCAGUAAGCAAAGCUAUGUUAGGUCGUAUUGGAAUGAACUGCCCCAGGUUGGUUGAAUUGGUGGUGUGUGCUAAUGGACUUCAGCCACUGGAUGAUGAACUCAUUUGCAUUGCUGAACGCUGUAAGAAUCUAACAGCGAUGGGCCUCGGUGAAUGUGAGGUUACCUGCAGAGGUUUCAUUGAGUUUGUAAAGAUGUGUGGAGGGAGGCUCACCCAACUUUCUAUUAUGGAGGAGGUACUAAUUCCAGAUAAUGAUUACAACCUGGAUCAAAUUCAUUCAGAAGUCUCCAAACACCUUGGAAGAAUGUGGUUCCCUGAUAUGAUGCCUACUUGGUAAACUAGCUGUAGAAAGUAUUACUAUAUUGUCAAAACUGGUUAGAUCAAGAUGUUGCUUACUAUGCAAAUAAGAAAUUAUAAAGUAAAGCAUCAAAACUUAAUUUUAAAUUUCUCAAGUUUAAUAAACUGCAUAUAGGCUAAAAUGAAGUGUUUGAAUGACAAUGUUAGAUAAAAUUAGAAAAUAGAAUCUCGUAUGCUUAACAAUAGAUACAUUGAAAGGAUGUCUGUGAGAGAGAUUUCUUCCUCAGAUUAAAUUAAGCACAUUCAUUUGGCCUCUGUUCAAUUAAAUUGUUCCAUUAAACACAGUUAGUACAGAGUUUUUAAGGUGUUCAUCUUUCUGAUGUGGUUAAAGGGAGUCUGAAGCUAGUCUGCUUGAUAGGGAGUUAAAUGGAACUUUCAGGUAAACUAUUACUUGCAUUGUUUAUCCGCUUGUUCACUAAUUUUUUGUUGAACAUGUAGAACAAACACUUUGUAUCAUAAUAGCAAUCUGAAAUACUAUAGCUUAUUAAAUCUGUUUUAAUGUGCUUGUAUACAGGUGUUUGAGUAUUGCGGCAAAUUAAGGACUUAUGCCGUGAUAAAGAGAGAACUUUUUUAUUUUAACUUGCACUCUGUACUCAGUUUUCACUUUAUCAGUAAGUUAUACCAUAAAGAUAGUGUUUUAUAAUUCAUUGUUUCUCUUCCUAUGUACUGACUUAACUGUACAGAAAAAAACAAACCUUGUUAAAAUUAAUGUACCUAAUAAUUCAUGUUUCAAUUCUUGGCUAAGCAGUGAAGCACUUUAGUAACUGUGUAUAAGAAAUAGUAGCUCUUUCAUUUGAGAAAGUGUAGGCUUUUAUCUUUAAGACCGUUUUUUUUUUUUUUAAAUCUUAAAGACUAAUCUGUCAGGAUUCUGGCCCAUGCUCCCUUCACAAAGGGUCUAUUAAAAUGUCCCAAAAUGGUGACGGUUGUAUUCCUCUUCCUGGUGUAGGGAUGGCUAUGAUAUCUCAGCGACACUAGCACAGAAGUAUGCUGGUAGGGAGGAGGGUGUGAUUGGGAUGUACCAACUGGAUGCAGUUAUUUCCCCACCUGACACACAAUUAAAAGUUUAGAGCAACCAAAGCUUUCCUAAUGCCAGGGGCCAGAGUGGCCCCAUUGAACCCUGGGAAUUGGGGAGCCUCAGCUGUGCCUCACAGAAUUCUAUUCUAACCACUAAAUCCUCCUAUCAUGAGUGUUGGGGGCUGAUCCUGUUUUCAUUAAGUAAGCAAGACUUGCAACCUAAAUGAGUGCCCUGCCUGUGUAAGGACUGUAGGAUUGACUUGUUGCAAAUCUGCACUAAAGAAUCCUGUGAUGAAGUCAAUCUUUCUUUUACUUGAAAUGGAGUAAAGGUUGUUAGUACGAAGUAGAACGUGUGUGUUUUUCGUGAUCCACUUUUAUACACUAAUGUAAAUUUGUAGUGUAUUGUACCAUAGUUUGUCUAUUUACUUGCUUGUAGCAGCAGAUCAGAGAUGUGUGCAUUUGGUUGAUCUGUAUUAGGAUUGUCACAUCAAAGUAAAAGCCAAGUAGAGUCACUUCCUUUGUUAACCGAACUUCUCUGUUGUACAAAUAAUUUUGGGUUAGGUGUUGGCUAACUCCUCCAUUCCCACCAAACAGAAUAGUUUGAAAAGUUAUACACAACAUAAAAUAAGAGGUGGUUUGGAUAAAACACAAUGUAUUUGAACUGAUCAGUAAUGAGUUUUUACAAACUACAUAAGACAAAUAUUGUAGAAAAGACUAUGUAAUAUCACUUGUUAACCAAGCAGUUCGUAAAUGGUAAAUUUAUAUAAUCUAAAUUAGUUCCAAAUAUUAUUUUGAUGAGGAUUUUUGUAAUUUUUGUUUAAACUGUAAAUUUAAUAAACAGAUCUAACCUUUCCAC